AUGGCAGAGCAGGAAACCAAAAAGAGUGGCUUCCGGGCCAUGUUUGGCAUGAAAUCUGGUAAAGAAGCAAAGCCGCAUGGCGCGCGGAAAAAGCUUUCCAAGAAAGGAUCACGAAGCGAUAUGCUUGGAAAGCUUGACUCGACCGCCAGUGUGGGCAGGACUGCACGUCAAGACUCUGGUAGUUUCACCGACGAAAGAAACGGCUCAACCGUAACUCAAUUUGGCCUUCCGGGAUACAAUGAUGUUAUUGGGGUUGCACCGCAUGCAUUGCGCGAUAACCCGUACACUGCCAUCAAUGCUCUCACUGACACGAGCAAUACACAUCUCUUUGUUGAUUUGCAAGCAGCCGACUACCGUCGCAAUUCAGAGGGACAGCCACAAUAUGCCGCACCACUAUAUCACCCACAGAGCUCAAGGUCAGGGUCUCUGCCACAGAUACAUAGCGAGAAUAUGCGCCCGUACUCGCCGCCGAAAGCGCAGCCUUCGAAACUCAGCAAAGCACAUCGAGCGCCUUCGGCGUCAACAAGACAAGAUGAUGUUCUUGACAAGGAUACAGGAGAGAGAAAAGACUUAACCGAGAUGAUGCAUGCGUUUACAUAUAUCGAUGGAGUAGACACCAUUGAAGAGGAGAAAGACGACGAAUCUCUCCUUUACGACCCUUCACGACCUGAUGGAACGGCGAUGCUUGCCAGUGCAUCACCUGAAGUGUGGCUGCGUAUUGCCGACUUUUUAUCACCUUUGGAUGUUGCCAAUUUAUCAUCAACAUGCCGGACCAUGUAUGCUCGACUAGGCAAACACCCAUACAAACUUCUUUUGGACCCAGUGCACCGCACGCACCGGCUAGACUUCUUACUCGCCAUGGACCCCAAAAUGCCACGCCAUCUCUUCUGCUUCCCAUGCGCUCAAUGGCAUCUCCGAAUCCAACCCGGCUUCGAAUCGCUAAAGCCCCAAAACGUACUCAACCCCCUCUUCGAAUGCCCAAACAUGACAAACAUCCACAUGCCCCCUCCCCGCAUCCGCUUAACCGACGGCCGCACCCUCCCCUUCGCCUUCAUCCAACUCGCCCGCCGAAACUGGGCUCACGGCCCGGACUACGGUAUCCCACAUGAAUCUCUCGCGCGCCGCUGGAAAGACCCAUAUUCCGACUGGACGCACGAAUCCGCCUACCACAUCACCGAAAAGGGGCACGUCCUCUUGCGCGUCCGCUCCCAACACCACGUCCAAGGCGGCCUCACAGACGCCGCAAAGCGCCUCCUCCUCUUCAGCCGCGGCGACUACACACCGUAUUUCAGCGUGUGCGCCCACUGGAAACACGGCAUCCUAACCUCCAUCCCCAAAUGCGCACUCUCGCACAUCCCCUACGCAAGCGAAAGCGACACCACCGCCAUCGACAAGUUCAAAGAACGCAACCUCGGCAAGAAAAUCCUCGGCAUGGUGCCCUUGUGCUCGACCUGCCGUCCUAUGCGUCGCUGUCCCAAAUGCCCCACCGAAUACCUCUUCGAGCUCAAACUCGUAGAAGACAAGGCAGUCCGCAGUUAUGAGCAUGGCCGCUUCAAGCAGGCCCUCGUCGUGACGCGCUGGAGUGAUCUGGGACCAGCCCGUAGUCCCAUGGAUGCGCAGUGGAGUGCCAUCACGGGCGAGAACGAUGAGUAUGAUAGUUUUCAGGAGAUUGGGCGUAGGGCUGUUAGUGGCGUGUUUGAGAGCGCGUUUACGGAUACGAUUCCGGGACAGAGGGUGUUGAGUAUGAAUCCGGCGGGUGUGACGGCGAAUGAGGAGGCGGGGGAUUGGUAUUAG